UAAUGUGAACGCGCUGUCACGUGACGGAUGUGUCGUGAUGGCUCCGCCUCUCUGACCUGCAUGCUUCAUAAUUAGACGUGGACCAGGAGUGCUACCAAUUAUUGGAUGUGACAUUAAACAACUUUUACCAAGUCAGGAUAACCAGGUCGGCAUUGUGCUUCAAAGAGAAGAUAAUGGCGGAUCACAGUGCAGAAGGGAAGCGUCUUCCACGAAUGGCUGCCACUUUUAUGAUGCGCUUCACCCCUGAGCGUGAACCCUCCUUUGGCAUCCACAGGGGCAGCUUUAAGCCUCGUGCCCCUGACAGUGAAUCUGUAGAUUCUCCAUGUACUGGAGAAGAGAGUCAUUCCUCCAGCACAGACAUCAGUAAUACUGCUGAUAAUGAAGAAACUACUUCUGUAGACCCCGAGACCUCUGAAAUCCUCACACUGGAGCCUCUACCUCAAAUGGAGGACCUGAGAUCUGACAGUGAGUCUCAUUCUUUAUUGAGUUUGGGUGAAAUAACAGAAGGGGAAAGCACCCAGAUACUGGAGGAUGACGUGGAUGAGCAUCUCAGGAGGGACCAGCAGACAGAAGACUGGCACAAAAAUCGGGUAACAGCAGUGAGUUCUGAAUGUUUUGAUAGACUGCUCAGGGAAUGUCCAGAGUACCACAGCACAAAGAGCUGCUUUGCUGCUUUUGUACUGGAGAGAGAGGUUUGUGAUCCCGAUGGGCAGCGCUGUGAAGUGUAUGAAGUGGUGGCUCUUGGAUCAGGACAAAGCUGCUGCAGUGGUUGGCUUUCUUACACAGGCUCUGUGGUUCACGAUUGCCACGCCAUUGUCAUCGCACGCAGGGCCCUCAAAAGGUAUUUUUACAAGCAGCUCCUGCUGUUCUACAGUUCUGAUCCAGAGCUUAAGGAGCGCUCUAUAUUUGAAAGUGUUUCAUCUGAACCGCUGCUUCAGCUUAAACCGGGUAUUUACCUUCAUCUGUACACUAACCAAACGCCCAAAGGAGCAGCUCGCUGCAUACUUCUGAAGUCUGAUAGUAAUGCUUACACCACUUUAAAACUACAGUGCCAUGCCAGAGGCUCUCUCAUACCUGCUGCCUUCCUGCUUCCCAGCAUCUGGGGCGCUCGCAUCUGCUGUAUGUCCGACAGCGGCAAACUCACCCGCUGGACUGUCACUGGAGUACAGGGGGCACUGCUGAGUCAUUUUAUUAAUCCGGUCUACAUUACCAGCAUGGUUCUCGGUGAUUCCAGGCACUGCUCAGAGAAAGUGUCUGAAAUUAUCAACAAGCGCCUGGGCACCGGCUGGACGGAUGCGCUUCCGCCUCAGUUCAAACAAAGCACUGUGUUCUUCCUGAGUGGAGAGAACUUUGGGCCGCUCUCGAGUUCAGACUACUGCAAAAACCUCAGCGUCAACUGGUGUUUGGGAGACUCAAGUAUUGAGGUUUUGGACAGCACCACUGGAUAUGCAAUCAACAAUUCUCCAUUUGUAAGUGGUCCGGGAUCCACCAGCAGACUUUGUAAGCGAGCACUUUACUACUGCUUCAGAAAAGUCUCAGCACUGUCCGGACAUCAUGACCUUCUGUCAUUCACCACAUACCGCAAUGCUAAAAUGGCUGCGUGUCUUUAUCAGGAAACCAAAACUGUGGUCAAUCUACAGUUCUUGGCCAACAAUGCUGGACCUUGGAACUCCAAACACUUGGUAGAUUGCUUCAGUCGCUAACUGGUCAAACAGAAACCUGAUGUUACUUUAAGGAGUACCACCUGCUAGUUUAAGUUUUUUUUUUCUUCAGUAUUUAAUUGUUGUGUGCUUGUUUUACAUUUGCAAUGUGUAGAUUUGAUGUUUUAUUGUUUAUGUGGAGUUAAAGAAUACAUAAAUAUAACAGUGAUUUUGCUAGGUGUUAGGAACACACAGUAGGUGCUUAAGGUUAACACAUGUUCACACUUAUUCAUAACUUGUGUAGA